CUUAUCUUGUUUGUGUCUGGAGGUCUGAACAAAGAAGUAAGAAGUUCUCAGUCGGCUCCACAAUGGGGUCCACUACUGUUGCUUUAAGCAUUUUUCUCACUUGUUACCUAGUUUUUGGUAGUGAGAUUCCAGAUGUGACUACAGUUUAUGAAAUAAGAAAAACUAUCUUGACUGAUAGAUAUUUCCAAGGUUUUGAACGCAUCAAUUCUGCUGAUAGUGGUUUUCCUCCCAUAGGACAUGCAUCGCCUGAGACUGAAACAUACUGUGUCAAUGCCGGCAGAGUUCACUCACGGACAAAUGCGAUUGGAUUGGGUGUCAUCAAUGAAAACAUUGAGCUACUUGAUCCCCAUUUGUUUGGAAUUCCAAAUAUAACUUGCGACGCUAAUUUUUUUAAUCAGACUUCUUGUAAUGUUUGGGACUUUAAAGAUGGAAUAUACUGGACUUCUUACUACAACGACUUCUUACUACCUGGUCAAACGCUCACAAAUGGGAAGACUUAUGCAGUAAGCAAACAAGCAAACUUUACUUUUAAUAUACAUGCAUUAAAUGAAACUGAUAUAAUUUUCAUAAGUGGUAAAGAAAGUUUGAUACAUUUGAAGAAUGUUUUUGUAGUACGAUUUAGUUCUCAAAUCAUUGAUAUUUAUUAUUCCUGCACUAAACGUAGCGACUAUGACUACCACUACAGCUACCACUACAAGCCUUAUAUGCUUAAUAUUAUGGUCUCAGAGCUUCAUGGAAACAGAGAAUUUGGCUGUGACUCAAAAACCCAAUUAGAGGUUUCUCAAAACCAUCGGUUCAUCACUUUCGACUUCACUUCCAACCAAUAUAUAUAUAUUUACACCGGUGAUGGUUAUAAAAACUCACAAGUGUUUUCCAGGGAUUUGCAAACAAUUUAUGGAACUGCUGAUAAAAUAAAUUAUUUUUUAAUAUCCACAGUACAUGUUAUGGAUAUCAAUUCAAUAAAAUAUUUAGAAUAUCCAAAAGGACUCUAUUCAACAAAACAUGUUAUGGUCAGCCCCGUUUUCACUCCAAAGUCUGAAACACUGUGUGUUGUAAUUUUUUUCCACUGUCCAACUAGUUCAGAUGAAUGUAGGUCUUCAUCGUUAAACAUAUUUGUGGAAGGAUUUCUACUAGACGAUACUUAUCUGCUUGAUCUUGUCACUGACAUAGAGAAUGGAUGGAAUACUAGAGUAAUUAAUAGCACACUUAGAAGCCUAAAUCCCAUAAAGUUGAGUAUCAAACCAUUAGGGAACUUAACUUUUGCAAGAAUUGCAAGCUGUAAUCCUGAUGGUGAAGAAGUAAUUGAACUGCCUGCAGCAACUUUGCCAUCUCAAUGUAAAGCCUCCUCAACAACCUCAACUCUACAUAGCUCAGUGAAAACAUAUACAUCUGUUGCCAGUAUAUUAGAUGUUAUCAAACCAGUUACAAACUCCACCAACAAUUGCUGGAAUGGUGGAAAGUUAACCACUGCAGGGUGUGCAUGUACUCCAGGCUUUAGUGGGACAAACUGUGAAAUUGGGUGUGGUAGGAACAGAUUUGGUCGGGACUGUGAGGGCUUUUGCUCUUACCACGAUCAAGAGUGUCGAGGACUAUUGCUGUGUAACAAUUUUACAGGAUGUCAAUGCGCUCCAGGCUACCAGGGACCCGACUGCACUCAAGCCUGCACUUUGGGUUGGUAUGGCAAUGACUGUUCUCAACAAUGCGGGCACUGCGGGGACGGCCAUUGUGACAUCUACACUGGCUAUUGUGUAUCAUGUGAAGAGGGAUACUUAGCCCCUUAUUGUAAAACAGCUUCAGUGUAUUACGGUGCCAUACCCACGGUGACCUCUCCAUCUUACAACACAAUUGUUGUUUCUUUUGAUCCUGACAAUUACAUUAGUCAAGGAGAACCUCCUCAACUCUACCAGAUUCAAUACAGAGAGAAGGGAAAUCAAUGGAAAGUGCAUACAAGUAAAGCCAUUCUUAAAUCUGGUGAACCUUCUGAUAAGGAGAAUAUAAUAUCAGAAAACAUUGAAGGUUUGAAAGCAGGCAUUUUUUACCAAGUGAGGGUUCUUCUUAUUGAUGCUUAUCUCCAGAAAUACCAAGGAAAUUUAAUUAAAAUAGCAGAGGUCCAAACAAAAUGUCAUAUUCCUUCUAUUUAUAACUAUAGUUUGGCAGCAGUUACCAACACAACAACAAUAACAAUUUCUUGGAGUUACAACGCUGAAGAUGAGAACUGGUGUCCUGUGGAAACUUACGAGGUGACGUGGAAGGAAGGAUGGAAGAGACAAGUGGCAUUCACUAAAGAGAACCAUUUCACUCUCAGCCACUUAGUACCCGGGCUAAAAAUCAAAUAUCAAGUGAGGGCUAAAACAAGGAAUGGCUUUGCCCCUUACUCACCAACUAUGAUGACAUCUGCAGUUCAAGCUGUGGUGCCUCCAGUACGAAAUCUACAUGUUGAAUCAAGUCAGAGCUCCUCAGUUGAUCUAUCUUGGGAUCCCCCAAUAGGCAGUGGUGAGAGGAAGCUGCUGUAUACUAUUUUGUAUGAGUGUGUAGACCGUCCGGCAUGUAGUCCUGGAUGCCAGAAUGUAAGUGAAGGCCAGUUGACACAAGAUGGCACCUCUAUCACCCUUAGUCCUUUGCUGCCCUUCACUAAGUACAAAGUGACAGUCAGGGCUAGCGGUGGAGCCGACUCUUCUAUUUUUGUAGGAACAACUAGAGUUGUGCCGACAGAAGCCCCCUCAGUUAGUGUUGGUACUCGAAGACCACUUAGAACCAACACAAGCGUGACAGUGUUCUGGGACCAGACUUCUGUCUGCACAGGAUAUCUCCUGGGAUACAACUACCAGCUGACCAAGGAAUCGGAAGGCUUAAAAAUUUUAGCAAGUGGUUUUACAAAGGAUACCAAUGUUAGUUUCCACAACCUAACGGCUAGCUCAGAAUACACAGUCAAAGUGUUUGUCCAUACGGUGGCAGGCUGGAACCCGCUAUCAUUCCUGGCCAUACACAUCAACACAUCCGCUACAGUUCCAGAGGCUGUGAGGAAUCUGACAAUAUACAAGAGAGGCAGAGGUAUGCUAGGGCUGAGAUGGGCUGAACCAAAGGCCAUCUAUGGACAACUCAAGUCAUUCACCGUGACACACAGUCUGGGCCCAGAUGUUCAAUCUCACAUUGUUGAGCCUGUUCACUGUGUUGUAUGGCCAGAUCUAUACUGCCAUACCCUUGAGGAGCUUAAAUCUAACAAACUAUAUACUGUUACGGUUAGUGCUCGCAAUUUGGAAGUGUUGGAGGAUGGAGAGCCAGCUACUGUGGCAGGCAUUACCAAGGAAAGUACCCCGAUGGCCCCAGUGAACCUUACACUGAUCAACAGUACGUCCACCAGUCUGGUAGUGCAAUGGGGCCAUCCAGAACUGGCUAAUGGAAUCUUAAGAUCAUUCCUAGUCAGUAUUGAGGAAACUGAGAAGUACGACCAGGACAGCUGUUGUCAGGUUUAUCCUUUAGUCGAGACAUCCGUAAAAGAGGAGACUCAGAAGUAUGAGGCUGAGGUGUCAGGACUACACCCAGCUUCAACAUACUAUGUUAGUGUGAACGCCAAAACUGUGGGUCUGGGUCCUUCCCAGUCUCUGGUAGCUUCUACAGCUCCACCAAACUUGCCUCUAACGAUCCUUCCAAGUGUCGUUGUUCCUACUGCAGACCAAACCCCUUUCGCGGUUGGAACCUCAUCCGAGAACUCUUGGUUACCUCAGGAUAAACUUCAAGAGGUCAACAACUCUCAAAUUUACACACCAUUAAUCAAGACACAUCUUAUACUAGCUGUGCUCAGCAACUCCUCAUCUAUAACUCCAUCAGAGUCUGGCAUCUCAGAUCCCAAGCUGGACUCACUCCUGCGACAGAAGAUUGGGAAACCUUUCUACUUUACAAAUGAAUUCACCCAGGAUGAAGAAGAAGAGAUUUUCUUGACAUUUGAUGUUCCAAAUGACAUAGAAUCUACUUGGGGAUAUCCAGUACCACUUCCUCGACCUGCAGAAUACAAGAUAGCAGCCACACAAGUCUUGGAGUACAAUGGAGCUUACAAUGUGGACAUUCGCUACUCACCAACAUUCUGGUUCGAUUAAACAACUGUUGGACGAAGUUUGCUAUAUCAACUGUAAAUAGAGUAUAUGGGAAAUAAAGUUUAGUUUGUUUUGGGGAAAUUGUUGUUUGAUAUUCAGUAAAAGUUAAUUAAUAAACUAUGCAAUAUUGUGUACAAAUUUA